UUACACUCCCCUCUGUCUCCUGCACCAGGGUUCGACAACCACAUUCUGUCAGACAAUGAGGAAGACAAAGAGCACGACUACAGCAGCAUCGCAGAGAUCAAAGGUCUCGUCACGGCCUCUUCCUCCAGCGACCUCUACGCCACCGUCCGAGAUAUCUACACCCAGCCCGAUGAGCCUGAACUGGGGGAAGACCCCAACUUGGAAAGCAUGGACCCCGGCUACGAAACAAUCCGCAUCCGAAAGACUAGUAGCUCGGAUGACGACCACAGGGCCGUGCUAGGAGCGGAGGGGUCGGAUGCUGGCAAGGCAGAACCCGACUACGAGAGCGUCGGAGAGUUGGGUCUGGGCCGUGAAACGUCCCGCCUCUGA